AUGUCGUCCAAGACGCUGUUCCAAGCUAUCAAGGAGGAUCACGAAGAGAUGUACCUCUACCACGACGAAUACAAGCGCGCACGCGAGGCCGGCGAUCUCGCAGCGCAGGCCCGCUGGGCGCGCCAGCUCACAUGGGAGGUCGCGCGGCACGCCGUCGGCGAGGAGAUCGUUGUCUACCCACUCAUGGAGAAGCACCUCGGCGAGAAGGGCAAGCAGCUCGCGGACCACGAUCGUGAGGAGCACCAGCACAUAAAGGAGUUCCUGUACAAGCUUGAGUCACUCAAGCCGGAGCAGGAGGACUACAGCCAGACGAUUGAGCUCGUUAUGGCGAGCCUGCACCCACACAACGACGACGAAGAGAUCAAGGACCUGCCCAUGCUCGAGGCCGUCAUCAGCACCAACGCGAGCCGCGAGGCCGCCCAGUCCUUCAAGAAGACGAAGAAGCUCGUCCCGACGCGAUCACACCCGAGCGCGCCGAACCGCCCACCGUUCGAGACCCUCGUGGGGCUACUUGCCGCCCCAGUCGACAAGAUCCAGGACUGGUUCGCGAGCUUCCCGACAGAGGAUGAGAUGGGCGAAGCGAAGGAAGAGCUGAAGCACCGCGACCACGAUGCCGCGGCAGGACGUGUGGCUGCGGCUGCUGGGAAGUGA